UAAAAAGAGCCCUGAUCAAAUGCUUCAGGAGAUGAAGGCUUCAGGAGAAGGCAGUGUCAGUGAGUGAUUUCUCAGAAAUAAUGACCAAUCCAUACACUUUUUUUUCUCCUCCACAGUUCCAUGGUAUUCUACAACUUUCACAUACAGUCGGCAAUGACUCAGGAGAGAGGAUUAUUGUUCAAGACAAGUCCUGGCAUGUAGUAAGGCAUAUAGUAACUAUAGACCCUUUCAACAACGUUUUCCCAGCAACCACCCCAGGAAACUUGUGGAUAUUCUCAUUCCGGAACGUUGCUGCAGCUCAAACUUGUUGCUGGAAGUUAUAGCCUAUGGGGACUAUUUUAAGGUGCUGCGUGAUAUCAUUGCUGUCAUUGACUUACAUGCGAUUCUGUGAAACUGCCACAGAUUUUGAGUUAAGAAGAGGCUGUGUUCAUUUCACAGAAUUCUGUGAGACCAGGUUGCAUCAUUGUGCUGCUGUGCCCAUGAAUUGAGAACACGCCAAGUUAUGGACCACUUCAAGAGUCUCCUUGACGGCUGUAAACUAGUCCAGAUGUAGUUUUAUUUAAACAGGACCCUAAAAUGUUUAGCAUCUAAAUCUUGAAGGUUUAUGCUAAAUCUGUAAGACAUUGUGUGGACAGGCGGGUGGUGGGUUUUGGGGGCUUAUUAUGAUCUGACAAACACUUAAAUAGAAACCCAACUCAGCCAUGAACCCCCCCCAUCCCAUCCUACCUCCCCCCUUUUCAUGGCUGGCUUUGUGACUCAACAUUGAUGUGGACAUAAGGUUUCAAUUUCAUAACCACUAAUUAAACACAACCCUUUGUAAAAAAAAAAAAAAAAAAAAAAAACAUAUCACAAGCUUUUAAAAUAAUAUCCUUUUCCCUGGCAACAGAGUGACAGUGGCCUUUGGGUUGCCGUGCGGAAUGUCCUUUCUCCUCUCUACCUCUCGGCCGCUCUCACUGCUGUCUCCACCUGUCCCUCCUGUCAGCUGUUAGGCAGCGCGAGACAAAGAGCACUGCAGUGAGCCUGGCCAGAGCCCUGCCUCCCCUCCCUUCCCCUCCCCUCCCCUCCCACUGUGCAUAAUGAGUGUUUAAACCAUCAGGUCCCCAGGGCCGGCCCUGCGCUGCAUACACAGCUGCCCUGUCAUGCCAGUCGAGCGAGGAGGAGGGUGAAAGAAAGGGGGAGGGACGAAAAGAGAGAGAGAGAGAGACUGUGAACACAGAGAGGAGGAGAUGAAGUGUGUUUGUGUCUGUGGGGGAUAUUAGGAGGAGAGUCUGAGUGAGCGAGAGAGAAACCACAACCCCAACCCCCUCCUUACCCCACCUACCACAUGACUCUACACCACGCGGGCUAAAAAGACGCUCAGACUGUCAGCAGAGUAGAGAUGAGCAGGACUGAACUUCACGGCUAGGUCUCUAUCACCACACAGGAGUUCAACAAAAAACUGACAUUGAUGUUGGGACUUUCUUUACUUUAUCUACUUAAGUGAGUCCCAGAAGGCUGCAGGGGAGAGAGCAUCACAUGGUCAACAGGGGCAGUAGAAGACAAACCACCCCCAGGCCUAAAUCCAUCCGAAUCAGUGUCUCGCCUCCAGACUUUGGCCUCAAUCUCUUCCUAAAGCGGCCGUCUUUUUAACCGGGUCAUCCCAAACCACCAAAUUAAAGACCUGACAGUACAGGCUGCUGAAUCAAAAAGAAGCCGAGCUUCAGUUGAUCCAUCUGGAUACUGUGAGCACCUACCACACCCACCAGGAGUCUGCUAGCGGAACCUUACUGCACCUGACAGUCGGCUAGCGAUACGUCUGUCCACUGCAGCUCAUUUGUGUGUUUUCAUUCUGUUUUCCUCUGCCUGACACCCUGUCGUCUGUGAAGCCCUUCACUGUCCAUCCGUCGCCAUGGUGCUGUGUGAGGAGCGCGAGUGCAGCGUGUGCUACCGGCCGUACUCGCGCAGCGGACGCAUCCCCCGCGUGCUCCACUGCCGCCACACCUUCUGCGGCCUGUGCCUGGAGGCCAUGGCCGUGCCCAAGAGCGGCCUGCUGACCGUGCGCUGCCCGCUCUGCCGGCAGAUGACAUGCGUGGGCGGCGGGAACAAGCUGCACGAGGCGCUGUGGGUCAACAGCCGCGUGUGGGACCAGAUACCGGACUUUGUCGUCGAGGAGGAGGAGGAGGAGGAUGAGGAGGCGGGGAGGCAGGUGGUGUUGGAAGCAGAGGAAGAUGCGGAAGACGGGAUCAGAGUAGAGGAGGAGGAGAGAGCAGAGGAAGCGUCUGCCCCAGCACAAUACCCCGUCUCAAAGCACUACCGGCCCCGCAUCAGGCUGCCCUCCUUCCUGAGGAAGAUCAGCUUUGUGCGGCAGCCCCAGGAAAGCAUCAUGCCUGGCUCCAAUGUUGAAAUGAAGUCAUGGCGGAGGCUCGCGACGGCUGAUAUGAUAUAAAGCUUGGAGAAGAGGGGACGUGACCAACGGCUCUCCCAGAUAGCGGAACUGUCAAUCACCACAAGCUGUGUUGUGGCUGUUUUCCCAACAGUCAUCAAAAAAAAGACUGCCAGCCACCAGAUUAUCUGAGGGAUCGGAAACCAGUGCAAACACUGUACAAACAUUUAGAGUGGCUCAGACAGACUUCAACGUGUCUGCAAGACUUUGUGUGUGUGUGUGUCUGUGUAAGUGUGUUUGUUGUGGGUUUCUCUGUGAUGGGGAGAUGCAUCAUUGAAUACUGCUUGCAGCCAUUAUCUGUGCAGGGGACUCUUUCAUUAGGUAUUCCACCCCUAAUCCACGACAGCUGCUGCAGUGGGAUUGAGAUCAGCUGUCCCAACAGACUGGGCGAAAGAACAGAGAGAGCUAGACAGACAGAGAGAUGGAGAGAGAGAGAGUGAUAUUUAGAUGUAGAAGAAAUGGGGGGGGGGGUAGAGAGAGAGAGCGAGAGAGACGGUGUCCUGGACCCAGCGCUGGCUCUCCUUAACAGAUGGCCUCUAAGGAAACGGUCACCCCCCCCAACCCCUUUAACCUCCUUUGGCUGGCAGGAUCAAACCCCAGGAGGCUGAGCCUUUAACCCUUUAACUUAUUGUAAGCUGUUGUAUUUAUCAUGAUCAUAAAUUAUUUUAAAUAAAAAAAUUUAAAUGUUAAAA